AAACACUAAUAUGUACAUCUACAACCAAAUAAGAACAAAUGGUGUGGAAGUUAAGAAGGAAUGUUGCUGUAUUUUCUUCUUAAAAUACAAAAUAAUGUUGAACAUUGAAAUAGAGCUUUAAUUUAAAUCACAAUUUCUAUUGAACCUGUUAAUUUUACCGUAUAGUGUCUAUAUUUCAAUUGAAUCACUUCAACUAGAGGAAAUAUGGAGAAGAAUUCUUGUACAUUGGAAAUCGGAACCAGUAUCAACAUUAAAAGAACUGAUGGUCGAAUACAUUCAGCCAUUGUGGCUGACAUAAACUAUGCUAUGAGAAGUGCCACUGUGGAAUGGUUUGAGCAAGGCGAAACGAAAGGAAAAGAAAUCGAUAUGGUAGCGAUAACAACAUUGAACCCAGAAUUGAUUAUUGUCAGGCCAAGCGAACGAAAUAUCGUACAGGACACCACCUCUCCACAGAGCAAUUUGAAACCAUUGCAAAGAAUUCACAAAUAUAAUUUACAGGUAGCCACCAGGCAGUCCAUGGGAAGCAUCAAAUCCAACAAUGGAAUAAUGAAAUCUUCAUCAAGGGUUACUGUGGGUAACGGUUAUGCUGUUUCAAACAAUGAUUCUCCUACCACAAAUACAACAAAUACUGGUAGUUUCAUACCACCACCAUCGAAUCCUCGUCGUACCAAUGUACUGAAGGAAGUUGAGAAAUUGAAGAAGAAUAGGGAAGAAAGGAGACAAAGACAAGCUGAGGAGAAAGCUGAGAAAGAAGCAUUUUUACAGAUGGCUCCAGGCAAUCCACAUUGGGAGUUCCUGAAUAUGAUAUUAGAAUACCGUCGUGGCUUGGACAUCAAACCCCUGAGCGAAAAUGAUGUCGUUGAAGAUCAUACAAUAACAGUUUGUGUGAGGAAGAGGCCUCUGAACAAGCGUGAGGUACAAAAGAAAGAAGUAGAUGUGAUAACUAUUCCAAGUAAAAAUCAGCUCAUUGUACAUGAACCCAAAAAUAAAGUUGAUCUCACAAAGUACUUGGAAAACCAGCUUUUUCGUUUCGAUUACGCUUUUGAUGAAACAUGCUCAAAUGCCAUGGUGUACAAAUACACUGCACAACCCCUGAUCAAAACAAUAUUCGAAGGUGGAUUUGCUACCUGUUUUGCUUACGGGCAAACUGGUUCUGGAAAAACACAUACCAUGGGUGGAGAUUUCAAUGGGAAAAAUCAAGAUUGCCAAAAAGGUAUUUAUGCGAUGGCAGCUGCUGAUGUUUUUCGAUUGGCUAAUUCGCCUAAAUAUAGGCAAUUGAACCUUGUGGUAUCAUCGAGUUUUUUCGAAAUAUACUCGGGAAAAGUGUUCGAUUUACUCAACAAUAAAGCCAAGCUUAGGAUAUUAGAGGAUGGUAAACAACAAGUACAGGUAGUAGGCCUAACGGAGUUGGUUGUUAGUUCGGUGGAGGAUGUUCUUAAGCUGAUCCAGAAAGGCAAUCAAGCCAGGACAUCUGGUCAGACAUUUGCUAAUGCAAAUUCGUCAAGAUCUCAUGCUGUAUUUCAGAUUUAUCUGAGGUCAAACAAUAAUAUGCACAAAAUACAUGGUAAAUUUUCACUCAUUGAUCUGGCGGGUAAUGAAAGAGGAGCUGAUACAUCUUCUGCUAAUCGACAAACCAGAAUGGAAGGUGCAGAAAUCAACAAAUCACUUCUUGCUUUGAAAGAAUGUAUAAGAGCAUUAGGGCGCAAAGGAGCACACUUGCCUUUCAGAGUAAGCAAACUGACACAGGUCCUUAGAGAUAGCUUUGUAGGCAACAAUUCUCGAACAUGCAUGAUAGCUAUGGUAUCCCCUGGCGUCAACUCUUGUGAACAUACUCUGAACACUCUCAGGUAUGCAGAUAGGGUUAAGGAAUUGGGAGGAGGGGACCUCCAAACGAACGAUGGUGUAAAUGAAGAACAGGAAGGCUUGCAGCAUUUGAGAUCUUUGAGCGAAGCAGAUAUGACUCCAGAAUUGUUGGACUUUCACCAAGUUAUCUCGGAUUUGCAAAUUGCAGAGGAUAAUAUGUUAGAUAACCAAAAGCAAUUAUUCGAUAGUAUAACAACAGAUGUAGAUAAACUUUCCCAGAUAUUGAAGAUGACUGAAGAAGUGGCCUAUGAUCAAGAGGCCUAUUGUAGAAGUUGGCAGGAAAUCGGCCGUAACUUGGUUUCGAAUGUAGUUAGAUCUAUGGAGAUCGCUGCUGAUUAUGAGUCAAAACUUGUAGCAGAAGAACAGUUAAGUAGGAGAACCACCAAGCGAAAAUAAACCUAAUAAUAUUUUUUCAAUUACGUUUUGAAAUUUUUUUAUUAACUAAUAUAGUAAGUCAUAAAAAUCAUCCUUAUUAUUUUUUAAAAGAAAUUAAGGUAUGUACUUCAUUUCAAUGGGCUUGUAAUUUUUGUACAUUACUCAUUGGGCUCUGCUAUCUUUUUACUCCAUAAUCAAGCAAAGAACAAAAUUUGUAAAGAAAUUGAAUUGUAUCAUAUCGGAUAAUUUAACAUUUUUUUUUAUACAGUGUGAUAAUUCCUUGCAAACUGUUGUUGCUUUGGAAAUAUACCAGAAAUAUAUUUGGAUAUACACAAAACUUUAAACAUACAAUAAAUUCAACACUUGAAUGGCUGGAAUAUUGAGAAACUUGAAUAUAUAACUUUUUGUUGACAUUGCUAUCCUUCUCAUUUAUAAAAUAUAUUUUUUGUUGAAUGCCGAUAUUCCAGUGACGAAAGAUAAGAAUUAAUAUGUAAACCUUUGGUGCACAUUAGAAUGGCUGUUGCAAUCAUGGAAUAUUACUUAUUUCUAAAGGAGGAAUUAUUUCUUUUUCAAGAAUUUUCAUUGUUCCUAAUUACUUUACAAUUAGGGAAAGACUGAGAACAAAAAUCAAUAUCUAUUUAAUUAAAAUGAGAUUGAGAUAUUCAGAGCAUUCUAGUCAUUUUGCAAGAGUUUUGAUAUUACCACCUGUUCUUUGUGGUUCACUCAAACUCCAGACAUACAGACAUUCUAAAUCCCUCAACACAACAUCUGCCUGAGAAAGUCAACUGCAUUAGUUCAAAGCUCUGACUUAGCAAUUGAAAGUUUCUUGAUCAAUGUUGAACUCUGUAAUAUUUUUGUUAUGCGAAAUAUGAUUUUCACGCUAUAUGGAUGUUGGAAAUUUUCCACACUUCUCUCUUUUGGUUUGGAUAACAAAAUAAGAAAAAUGAGGACAAAAAGCAUGAAUAGCUGCAGAAACAAUGUUACUAGAUAUGACAAUUUGGAGCACCAAAAGUUUCUAAUUAUUCCAUUGGUGGAAAAAUUCAUGAUUGAUAUUCCUAAUGCUCCAAAAGUCAAAAUAAUACGAGUGUAAAUUUCAUUUUUAUUAAUUUAGUUAGUCAUCAUUUUUAUGCAUGAUGCAAAAAAGUUUGAGAUUUUCUUUUGUAAAGUUGAUUCUUGAGAAGCACAUGUUAUAAGAUAAGUUACUCAAUAAAAAGCGUUCUUGCUAAGAAAAUGUAUGAUAAUAUAGCCUGCAAUUAUGUAUUAACUAAGCAAGUUGAGACGAUAUUUUUUCAAUAGACAUGAUAUAUUUUAAAUGUAUAUUCAUCACCAUAGACAUAAAAGCUUACAUAUCGACAAAAUCUGCUAUUAUUUUUAUUGUUUUAUAUAAGUUAUUUGUUAUUUAUUAAUUUUUCAAACUACAAAUUAUUUAUUGGGUUCUUUUGAAGAGACCCAUUACAAUGCUUUAACUAAUAAUUUUUACAUUCCUGGAUUUUAUAUUACCAGUGAAGAAGUUUGAGUCUCAAAAUAACAUUUGCAUUUAAUUCUUUUUUGUAUUUUUGAAAAUAAAUUACUAUAUAAAAUUGAUUUACACAAAUGUUCAAUUCGAAUAAUGAUAGUGAUGAGCUUAACCUUCUUCAUUUUUUUGGAUUUUCAAAAUUUUAUAUGAUUCCUUUUGUGCUCAUUUUUGAUUCAGUAUUUAUACUGCAGUAUGGUGUAAUAAAUUAAAUUAAUUUUGCCUUAA